AGACUGAGCUGGAGGAGAUGGACCAGAAGAUCAGACUAUUACAAGAACGCAUUGACGGCACAUCACAGGGUGUUGAGGGUAAAGAUCCGAGCUCUGACUGUCUGAGGAUUGUGCUUGUGGGGAAGACAGGAAAUGGGAAAAGUGCCACAGGAAACACCAUACUGCAGAGGGAGGAGUUCCUGUCUCAGUCCAGUAUGGAAUCAGUGACUACCUGCUGUCAGAAAGGAGUAGGGGAAGUAGCUGGCAGGCGUGUUGCUGUAGUUGACACACCGGGUCUCUUUGACACAUCAGUGUCUAAUGAGGAGCUCCAGCAGGAAAUAGCCAAUUGCAUCUCCUAUUUGGCCCCAGGACCUCAUGUGCUUCUCCUGGUGCUACAGAUUGGGAGAAUCACAAAGGAGGAGAAGGACACAUUGCAGCUCAUUAAGUAUACCUUUGGUAAAAUGGCUGAAAUGUUCACCAUGGUUCUGUUCACAAGAGGGGAUGAUCUUAAUAAACCAAUUGAAAGUUUCAUUGAAAAAGGUAGCGCUACACUCCUGAAUCUGAUCAAAAGCUGUGGAAACAGGUUUCAUGUUUUCAAUAAUAAAGAGAAGAGCAAUAUCACCCAAGUCUCUGAGCUGCUGGAUAAGAUAGACAUGAUGGUGCAGAAGAACGGAGGAGGCUGCUACACCAAUGAGAUGUUCCAGGAGAGAGCAAAAGAAAGGAGAGAUCAAGAGGAAAUAAUGGAGAGGAAUCUUGAAGAAACGAAAAGGCAGCUGAAAAAACAAGAGGAAUGGGACAAGGAACGAAAAGAGGAGAGAGAGAUACGAUAUAAAGAGGAUGAGCAGAGAAGAGAGGAGGAGAGAAAAAGGCUGGCAAAGCUGCAGAAGGAAUUUGACAAAGAACGAGAAGAAGAGAGAUGGAAGAGAAAGAAAGAGGAUCUGGUGAGGAAAGAAAAAGAAGAGAAAGAAUGUAAAGAAAUGGAGGAUGACUACAAAACAAAAAUGAAUGAAAUGAAGAGGAAAUAUGAAGUAGAGGAAUUUAAUGACUUCAAGGAGAAGUACAAAUAA